AAAAAGGGCCUCCUGUGCCUUGUCCACAGCCAUAUGAGGGAGGGCUAUAGCAUGUGCACAUAGAAACACCCUGCCUCAUUAGGGUGCUCUGAUGAGCCUAAAGCAAGCAGACCUCAUAUGCCUCUGUUACUGGGCCACACCAUGCAGAGAAGUGCUGUGGCAUACAGCUCUCCUGCCUGCUCUGGGCCCAUCACAGAACUAGCUAAUGAGCCAGGACAGCACACACAUGCUGCAGCACUUCCCAGUUUGGCUGUACACUAGGCACAUAGAGUACUUUUACCUGGAGGUAGUGGCACAUGGCUGAGAACCACUGAGGUAAGCCAAGGCACCGCAACAGUGGUUCUCGACCAAGGAUGCCACCAAAUUGAAAAAAGCUGGGGAGGGGUGCCUUGCCUCUAUGAAGGUGAGAGCCAGCGCUUCAACAGAAGCUGUGCCAACUUCCAAGUUAUAGAGUAAUGAUAAUAUUAUGGUCCAACCUUUGAGUAAUACUUUAUAAACCUUCACUGCAAUAGAAAGCAUCUUAGGUUAUGACACAGCCCCUGAUGUUCUUUUUUAACCACUGAGAAUGAAAAAUUACUUUAAGCUCUCUAAAAAUCUCAUGACACAAACAAGCACUGAAAUUAUAUGGAUAACCUGUAUUUAUUUCAUUGUAGAAUCAGCAAGGUUUUCUUCUUGAGUGUACCUUCUUUGCUGCACUGAUUUGUUCAGGCCAUUUUGCCACUGUUCUCUGCAUUCACUAUAUAAACCUCCUUACUAUGCUUUCCUUCUCCAGUCGUUUAUCUGAAUUCAUGGAAUGACAACCCACCAAAAGAAGUUCUAGAGAGAGCUAAAAGUUAUUAAUGAGAGAUGGAACUAAGAGACGGAAUGAGCAGUAAUGCUGCAUUGUAGAAGACGGGGAAAAAAUACUCAAAGCAAUUUUUGUUUAAUAAAACGCCAAUGCCGGUUUCUAUGAGGAACAGAGAUCUUUCCAUUGAAGAGAAACUAUAUUUCUCCAGGGCAUCUACAGUGAAGAAAACAUCUCAGACCUCACAUUCAGCAGCCAAAACUCAAGCUGGACUUCAAGCCUCAGAGUUGUGUAAAGUGCUAAACAGCCUCAGCUCCCCUGUCAGUGGCUACUGAAGACAGACGGCUACAGCCUUGGUUGGGAAGCUAUCAGCCAGUUACACAUAUUUACAAGAGGAACGGGCAGACAAAAGGUGACAGCAGAUCAUCAUCAUGGCAUCAGGAGGUCUACAGUUCUUUGCUUUUAUUCUAGCCCUGUUUGGUGUUUUUGGAGCCAUUACAGCCACUUUACUACCCACCUGGAAGGUGAAUGCAGAUGUGGGUUCAAAUAUCAUAACAGCUGUAACACAGACACAAGGGCUCUGGAUGGACUGCACAUGGUAUAGCACUGGGAUGUUUAGCUGUACCCUGAAAUAUUCAAUACUCUCUCUCCCUGUCUACAUCCAGACUGCACGGACCACCAUGGUACUGUCUUGUAUCCUCUCAGUUUUUGGGAUUUGCAUCUCUACAAUUGGAAUGAAAUGCACAAAGCUGGGAGGGGACAGGGAUACUAAAAGCCACACUUCUUUUGCUGGAGGGAUCUGCUUCAUCCUUGCAGGAAUCUUUGGAUUAGUACCAACAUCCUGGUACACAAGAGAGAUCAUUUUAAACUUUAUGGACCCUACAAUACCAGAGAGCAGUAAAAAUGAACCAGGAGGAGCUGUUUACAUAGGAUUCAUUUCAGCAGGGCUUCUGUUCAUUGCAGGUGCGAUCUUCUGCACUUCCUGUUUUAAAAAGCAGCAGGGACCACGGAUUUACCCCACCAAGCAACAGCACCUCCCGUGCACACAGCAAGAGAACACUGCAGGCUACAACCUAAAGGACUAUGUGUAACUAGAGUUAUGUCUAUCAGCUGCAGCUUUGUUGUGCCAAGUUUGGCUUUGUUUGUUUUAGAUUAAAGGAUAUAUCAAAACAAUACUUAACUUUUCUUAUGUCAGGGCUGCAAUUACUUUUUUGCAAGGUAUUUUUAUUUUUAACAAAAUCAGCAGAGAGAAAAACUGUAGGAAACAAGUGUAUGGUUCAGAGUUUAUUUUUGCUGAUUUUUCAAAUGAAGUUUUCUUUGGUUUCCAAACUGAAACUUACUGAAGAGAAAGGAAUCAUUUAAAACAGGGCAAUACAAUUAACCUGAAGGCUAGGUACAGCAAAUAUGCUUAAAAAAAAAAAAAUCUAUUCAGCAAAAACAAGGCACCAGUAAUGUACCCACAUGGUAUUUUCCCCCCCAGAAUCUUGUUUAAAUUAUAGUGCAAACAAAACCAAUUCUCCUUUUAUGCGGAGCACAAUUUAUUGUUCUUAACAGCCACAUCUGCAUUUCAUUUCCAGUUUUCAAAUGCCAUGGUAACUGGCUUUCUUAAAAAGCUCAGCCACACUGUAUAUCUGCAUAUCAGUAGCUGAAGAACUAACGUUGCCAUUCAGAUAUUGCCAAAAAUACCCCCCUCUUCCCCUAAAACUCCACCUGCUGUGGGUCCCAUUUUUAUUUUAAAAGAAAUGAGUGCUGGGCAGUCUCCAACUGUUGUUAAGCUUUCACCAAACAAAUAAAUGUUAGGUCUAAGGAGGAACAUGACAACAGAUGUGUCCUCACAACUAAGGAAAUGCUUGGAACAUUUAUGCUCAAGACCCUUCCUUUCAGUUACUGUUAUUUACUUGUUAAGUAUUCAAAACCCAAAUCCAAAGGCCAUUGAAAGACUCCUAUCAAGCUCAGUGGAAUCUGGAUCAGGCCUAUUGUUACCAGUAAAUUCGUCACAUAUAGCACUAGCAAAUGACAUCAUGUUAGUUUACAAGUAUUUUGUCAUCUUAAUUUGAUCUAUGCUGCUGUAUCUUCAGAACUUUCUUUCCAGCAUGUAGAAACUGUUUCUCGCAAUUAACUCAAGUCCUACGAUGCAUCUUAUUUAUCCAUAUUCAUUUUUUUAGUGCUUGAAGUUCACUAAAUACAACUGCGACACUGUGCCAUAACAUAGAUUAAUUUAGUAUGCAUGACAUAUGACAAAAUCUGAAUGACAAGGAAGGAGUGAAGCUUCCUCUUUUAUUACAGACUUCUAUAGAGAAUGAGAUGGUUUUGUACACCUUGACAGUCUGUCUUAAAUCCAUUAGCAAGGAACUGGAGGUACAGACUUCAUGUUGUAUUAUAUGCUAUUACUUAGAAUUAAUUAUUUGAGUUUCCUGCCUAUAUUAUCAAAAAUCACUGAUAACAGUGUUAGAUCAGCAGUUACAGUAGUGCAAACUUGGCCAUAAGCAAAGUCAAAGUUAUUUAAAUAUAAAAGAGCAGUACAAUAAACUAUUCUAAAAACAGCUGUAUUAAAAUGUAUGUAAACUUU